UAGAGUAGGUGCAAUAAAAAUUACAGAUGAUAGUAGGACUCGUUUGUUGAGCAACAUAACAAGCAAAUAGGUUCCACAUCCAGCCCCCAAGCCAACAACAAUCAAGAAAUGGAUCUCUGUUCAGUAAAAAUAGUUACUCUGAAACUGAGUGAUUCGGAAUAUAUAACUAUACUUUAUGCCAAAUUAAUGGACCAAGUAACAUAAGGCUUUGAAAUGCGCAUUGCAAUCCAAAACUCUUUAGAACAGAAUUUCCUGAACACUCUGUGGUUAAUUGACCUAAUGGGAAUAUCACUAGCAUGCCAAAGUUGAACCGUAGUGAUGAAAGAGAGAAGAUGUAGCCUGUGUGACGGAUAAUGAGGAACUUGAGUAAGCAAAAAGGGUAAAUAAAUGCAAGUCUACGCAAUGUUCAUUAUGUACAUAUUAUAUAUAACCUAAUGAUAUUUAGUCGUGGAAACCAUUAUUAUUGUGUUUCAAUUUUAUGACGCAGAGUAUUUUUUAAGGUAAUAGCCAACGUUAUAUUAUUUGUUCAAAUUUUAUUUAUUGAUUUAUCUACUUUUUAGCCCAAUUCGUUCAAUACCUAAUAAAGAUAGAUGUAAUGAUGCAUAGUGCAUACACAAAUUCCAUGACAAAUGCGUGGAUUUAGUUAUUCACGUGUAGGCAUAUCUUUUGUGUUAUAUUCUAUGUCAUUUUUAGGUAUAAACACUUUAGUCGGUAUAGCUCAACGCUUUCCUUAGAAUCCUUAUUCUAUUUUUGUCACCAACUAUUAUAUAGUUUAAGAGUUAACUACAGCAAAAUAUAAACCAAGUGCUAAAGAAAAUUACGUUUAGUUAUAGACAAAAAAAAAAGCAAUCUGAUGGAACUAGUCAAGUAUGGAACGAAGGGAACUGGAUUAUUUUGCUUUGUUGGUUCAUAAUCAUACGUUGCUGCAGUGAAAACAAGAAUACGAGAACAAGAAUGGGAUCUUAAAAUUGAACCCAAAAACAUUUAAAAACAAAGCUGAUAAGUAUAAAACAUUGUUAGGCUAAUCAAUAACUUAUUAAAAAUAAUAUUUUGAUUCUCAUUUGUGUUAAAGUUAAAAUAACAUUUGUUGAACAAAAAAAGUUACAAAGCAAACCGUUCUUUAGACUUUUUUUUUUGUGCACACCGUUCUUUAGACUUUAAAGUGAAAGAAGGUCGAAAUUUUUGAAAUUCACAAAAGAAACAGCUUUUGAAGUCAAAGCUUUUGAGGUUAAAACCUUUGUCUAAAGACUAAAUGUAUAAACACAUACACAAUAAACAACGUAUUCUUUCAUAGUAGAGACAAAAGGAAAAUUGAACUAUGUAAUGGACCAAAUAUACUUUUGUCAUGGAACUCAUCUUUUAACAAAAAAGGUAAGAACGUCAGGGAGCCGAACUAUUCUUCAUUUUCUAAGUAAAUACGUAUUUGUCAUUUUUAUUAAUUAACUUCCAUGUAACCAUGUUAUUCGUUUUUCUUCUUCUUCUUUUUUUUUAAUAACAAACUUUCUAUUUAAUUGCAAGUAAUUACCAUUACAGCUAUGACAAAGUCAUACAGUUUUUAAAAGUAGAGAUAAGCGCGAGCUAAUUAGCUGAUGUUUAGAAGCAAUACAAGUUCCAACAAAGAAGAAUGUAUAGAGUAAGGACCGAGAGUUCCCAAACUCAAGUACUUGGAGAUUCCAAGUUCAUAACGUCAAAGACGAAAUUAUCCACGCCCACCACUUUACCUCGACCGCGAUUACCCCGUCCACGAGUUAGAGGAUGCGUUCUUUUUGCUACCUUAGGAUAUGAGUUCGUGGGGUUCUAUCAAUGCCCUCAAACAAUUAUAGCCAAAACAUGUAUUAUGUUUUCGUUGUUAUAGUUAAUUAUGUUUCAAAGUUUUUACAUUAAUCCAAAAUUUGAUCAAACUAGUGACAAUUCUGACAUGAUAUUAGUAUUUACUACUAACGUAUAGUUGCAUUUAAAAUAAUAAUACUGACAAAAAAUUAUUGAGUUGUUAAGAAAUUUGCUUUCCAAUUAUGUAGCUUUUGGAUAAUAUCUUGUAAGAUUAAAAAAAAAAGGAUCGAGCUCACAUAUAAGUAUACUGUAUACAUAUAAUAAAAGUUUUAAGAAAUGAGAAAUUAGUCAAUGAAGAAAAAAAAAGUCGCUGGAUAGGGAUGGUAAUCGCAUUGGUUAUACUUUUAUUUGCUUGAAUCUUCUAAGAUUACAGCUGGACUAGGAUUUGGAUAUUGAAGACUUGGCGGUUGCUUAUUUAUGUUUCGUCUACAGCUUUGGACAAAGGUUUUAGAUUCCUGAACAUGUUCUUGAAAUCUUGCGACCAUGCCCCCCCUAAGCAUCUCACAGGAAUUUGCAAAUUGUUUUGUAAUUCCUUUGAUCCUAUCAUGUUGUUAUAUGUUUUCAUGUUUUAGCCUUGGUGUGGCUGUGUUUCUUUGCUUCCAUAUUGUUCUCGUUUGGAAUUUCUCCUAUAUGGAAUGUAGCCAUCUUAGCAAUAAUGCAAUCGUUUGGCCGGUGCACACAAAAAGGGGAGGGAUUUAAAUUAAAAAACUGAAAUUCUCCAAAUCAUCAAUCCAAUAAGCCAUCAUUAAUUAUCACUAGUAUAUUUUUUGUUAUGUUUUUUUUUGGCUAAUGUACUUCUGUCCAUAUUAUUGUGGUUAACCAAGUUUUUCCAAUAUUUUAAGCUCUUCGUAUUUGGUUCGUCUGCUCUUAUUUCCAAGUAUAACUCAUUGUUUUUGAGAUGUAAAUAUUGUUAUUUGACAGCAAAAAACAACAAACAAAAUAAAGCACUUUAGCUUACAAAAGCUACUACUACCAUAUGUGUGUUGUGCUUAUAAUGAUAAACAAAUGAAGACAAUAGAUGGAACAAAUGUUUUAGCAUGUGCAUGUGAAAAUAAAAAUAAUAAAGCAAAAGUGAAAAAGAAAAAGAAAAAUAAAAGAAGUAAAGAAAGGAACGGUAAUAAAAAGAAGAGAAAUUUCACUAUUCAAAAAAAAACAAAAUUCAUCUUAAAUGCCAUUUUCAUUUAUCUUUUUUCUCCCUUUACAAAUAUUUUUUUAAUAAAAAGAUAAUUUCGAAAAGCUCAGCUUCUCUUUCUUCUUCCUUUAAAACUCUUACGUGCCCAUUCCGUUGACAAAAGCCAAGCUCUUACUAUCUCUCUUGCUUCUCUCUCUCUCUCUCGUUCUCUCACUCUCUCUCUCUAAAUGGAAGCUCUCACCUUUAUGAAAUUCUGGCUAACGAACACCACCGUCAAUAAACCCCGCCGUGAAACCAGAAUCUCAGAAUCCGCCGUUAGAUCCUCCGCCGCACUAGAAGAUUCCGAAGUUGAUCUCAGCGAGGGAGAUGAUUCCUUCUUCGAGCUCGAGAUCUCUCUCUCAGAUUUCUCCUUACAUAAAAACAAAACCCCUGAAGAGAGAGAAGUAAAACAGACAACGUUUUCUCUCUCUAAGAGCAAAGUCAUCCCUUUCGUCGAACCCACUUCAAAACCUCAGUCUCCGACAACUCCACUAAACUCCGGUCGAAAGUUUCGUGCUUUCUCCUUCAAGAAGAAAGAAAACAACAGAAGCCUCAACGUAAUGUUCAAAACAGAAGACCAAACAACAACAACAACAACAAGCUUCGGAAAAACGACGACCACUGCGACGUCACAGCUCAAACCCGACACGAUGUUCUCCGAGGACUCUGUUUCCUCUGUUUCUUCCUCAAAGAGAUUCUUUGACCUCAUAAAGCCUUUAUACAACAAAACAACCAAGAAACAGAGCGUCAACAGUGUAUCCACAUCUCCGGCGUCUUCACCGGCGACGGCGAGGGAGAAACAGAGAAAUAGUAAACCGUCAGGGAUUCGAAGACAGCUUGGGAAGAGCAGGUCGGCGUCUGCGACUUUGUCUCCGGCGAAGAGAGUCGACGAGUCUUUACAGGUGCAACAAGAUGGGAUUCAAAGUGCCAUUCUCCACUGCAAGAAAUCGUUUCAAGGGUCAGAAUCUUCUAUGUUGUCGCGAUCUUGCAGUGAAUCUUACUCGCAAGAGAAGCUCAGUACUUCGUCGUCUGAAGGUAAAUUACAAUUCUAAUAUUUGGAUUAUUUUAUUUAGUUUAAGAUAAAUAUCCGAAAAUGCGAAUUAAAAUUCUUAUGUUUUUUUUAUUGUAGAUUCGUAUUUGUUUUCAAGAUUAUCAAGCGAAUCAAUGUCGGAAAAAUCAUUCGAUAGCCUGGUUUCAAUCAAGGAACAAAGGGAGAAGAUUAGCCAUUAGUUUUUUUUUUUUUUGUAAUGAGAAGACAAGAUUUUAGUUUCUUUUGAAAAAUUAGUUUAAAAUAGCGAUGAAGAUGGAAGAUAGAAAAAUCUUGUUGUAGGAUCAGUAAUGUUUCAGAUUAGUGAUGGGUCUUAUUUUUGGCUUUGUGUAGUGACGGAUCAUUAUGUGAAUCCUGACACCUAGAGAAUUGAAAAAUUAAAUAUUAUAUAUAUUUAUUACAUAACUCUGUCGUCUUCGUCUGUCACACAGUAAUGAGCUAAAAAUAUUUCUUGUAGAAAAUUGUUGCUUUGAGCUUUUGAUCAAUAUAGGAUAUGAGAGUAUUAUUAGGUAUAAAAAGAAUUUUGUUUAUAGAGUGGAUACUGAACACUGCGUUCAGUAUAUAUAAAGUACAGUGCAAUGAAAUGAACAUUCGCAUGUUGAUAUAUGAUUAUGUAUUUUGGCAUAAUUGCCACAAUAAUAUAAGAAUUCAGAGUAAUACAGAAUUUGUAUGUCCCUGGUAGAUAUUACUUGCUAAAUAUUCCUUUUUAAAUUUUAAGCAAAAAAGUUCUUGUUUACUAUUUUAAAAUAAAAAUUAAAUUACAAGAUUAAUUACAAAGAAAUAUUAAAACUAUUGUAAACUUUCCUCACUUGUGCAUUUGGAAGUGACUUGACAGUCAGUGGUCCACCGCCCACUUUCCAAGAAAAUAUAUAUGAAAUCUGACGGCACUGCUAAUAUUCAUCAUCUUUGACCUCUAUAUGGAGUAGUAUAAUUUUGUCUGUAUAUCUAUUAGGGUGCUAUCUUCAAUCCGUCAUCAUUCACUUCACACAAUCCAUUAAUCUAUACAGUAAAAUCGAAGUUCGAAUAUAUUUUGUCACCUACAUCCUCGAAGUAAUACUCCAGCUCUUAAUUCAUCCAUAUUUUUGCUCCAUUUAUUUAUUUUUUUUUUACCAAAUUUUGCCUCCAUUUAUAAGCUUUAGAUUUUGAGGGGAAAUUGGGCUGAGGGGCAAUUGGGCAAAAGCACGAUGAAUGUUUUCAUUUGUUCAUCAGUUUAUUUUUUGUUAUUUUUUUAUUUUAGCUGCAUUCAUCAGUUUAUUAUGUUUCCCUAUGUGAACUACAUUUCAACUAUUGAUAUAGACUUUGAGUACAGAGUCAACUUAUUUGUUAAAUUAUGUGGAAUGCAUUCCUUU